AUGCAUACAUCACUGGGGGUCUCAUUUGACUUGCCGCUGCCGCUGGCACAGUCGUUCUCGCUGGUUGCAUCGAUCGCUUCAUCCUCUCAAAGAGGUAAACCCAUCAAUUCGAUCACUUUGCCUUGGAUUCGCGAGGCAAAGUUCGGCCAUACUCUUGGAAUCCGCUCCAAUGUGCUUUCUAGCUUAAACAAUGGAUCUACGAGGCCUGGACCCGCUGAUUUGAUCCAUUGGGGUCGUCAUUAUGGCGAAAGGUCCUCCACAUUUACUCAUAACGAAUUUGCGCCGCCAACAACAGUCAGCCAUUCCAAAGAGGAGGACGGUUAUGUCGGCUACUUUCACUUUUGCAACGGAAUCGACUACACUAACGGACCUGCGAUGGUGGAGGAAUACCUCUUGAAAGCUAUAGGACUAGAAUCCAGACCAGACGGAUAUUUCUGGAGCUCCAACACAAACGUGGCCUCAUAUGGAGUAUACAACAAUAAGCAGAUGGUGGUAACUCUCUGUGCAUACAACAUUUUCGGCCGUCAGGAGCUUCGGGCACGGCUAAUUAUCCUGGUUGCAAAAUCUAGAAAAUUGCCUGUCACGGUUGAUUGUCUGUACAACGUCACUUCCCAGCUUCUGAAGAAACUGCAUAACUACAACCGUUACACCGUGACAGAACUUCCUGAUUCUUUUUGGCUGGAGCUAGCUGUGUCAAGUAUCGUUCGACUUUUCUACUCUGGUGAUGAUCCUUCACAUCAGCUAUGUGGAACCGUCAGUCUUCCUGUCCAAUUGCAAUCCAAAGAGGUCAUAACGAAUGCAGUUGACAGAAUCAUUGAUUUACUCCCCAAGGGCCACUUGACGGGCCACAGAGCCUCCAUGGGUGCGCCCACAGCCAGCGGAGAUGGAUCUAAGGUGUUUCGAUACAAAAACCGUCUUGUAGAUGCGCUCAAACGUCUAGUUUUGCUUGAUUUGAGCGGCAAAAUUGGCGACCAUGCCAUAUCUCGCAUAGAGACCGCAUUCGGAAAGGAGUUUGACUACGUGAUCUGCCAGCUCUACCGUGCUCAACACAACAAAAACAACGACCAGCAAUUUCUCUCUCUUGUACAUACCCAUUUGGGCCAAGACAGUACUCUGACCCAGGCUGCAUUAUUGAUGGUUGAGCAGGUACGCUUUCUUGUUGCGAAGGGUCACUAUUCUGUAGCGCUGACUAUUGCAGCUAGAGCGGUGGGAAUUUUACCUCUUGAUUUCGAUGCAUGGUACCACUUAGCUCUCUGCUACAUCAUGGAACGAAAAUUUGAUCAGGCACUCCAGACCAUCAACUGCCUUCCCGUAGUAUUUACUAAACUGAGAUUGGCUGAAGAUUCCGUGGACGAUGUUUACGACACCUAUGCCAUGUGCUUCAUGGAACGAAUGGUGUACGGCCAAGGCAUCAGCAUGGAUUCGUUUGAGAAAUUUUUCCCUCCUCCGAAGUCGGAGUUCCUGAUGUGUGAUGAAGGCUCGAUCCAAAAUUUAUGGUACCUGGAGUUUGUCCGGAGACCACAUUUACGUCAUCCAAUUUCGGGCCCGUUCUUCCAGUCUCCGCUUUCGUCUGCCACUCCAAUUGAGAUCUCGGCUGUUGAUGCACAUAUAAUGAAGGUGAGUAGCCCGUCGUCCAAGCGCCAUAUUCUAUCGUCUCAAUCUCGUGGAAAUCCAUGGACUUCCGUUUUGGAUUUCGACCGAACUUCAACUUGGGGCAGGGCCUACGAUUUGAUCACAACAAUUGUGGCUAUAAUAGGCUGGGACAGUACGGUCCAAGCCAAGGCUAAUGUGUUUCGCAAAGGUGACGACGAAGACGGCAAGAAUUACGUUGUAGAUCAUUUGACAUGCUCCCGAGAGGAGUGCCAGCCGUGGCUCGACCUGCUCUUCUUGGUUGUUUACGAAGACAUCAGGGCCAUGAUGGUGGUUUCCAGCGAAGAUAAUAAUAGAAGCGCACUUUCGUGGAACAUGAUUGGUCUUGUGGGGUGGAGUUGUAAGUACAACCUCAAGGAUAGCAUUUCUUCCAUUGUCACUAGCGUGGCAGGAGUUGCUGCUGACGGGGGCUUCGACUACUUUGGAACUGUCAAGUUGUUGGAAAUUUACAACGAGUUCGUGUUGAGCGACGUGGAAUCCUCAUCCAUUGACCGUCUUACUUGUGUUUAUGAUGGCAGAAGCUACUCCAACAAGCUCAUUGUGCAGAGCAUUUCUCCCACAGUUCUUGAGGAGUUCGAAAAGCAACUAGUGGACGGAUAUCUUACUCUCGAGUUGGUAUUGUUGUACUUGAUGAAGCUUGUCUCGUGGAACUUACGAUGGUACCAAUAUAUUCCUAGCCACUUGGCGACCAACACUCUCGUCAAACUCUGCAUCAAAUACGACUUAGUCUACAUUCGACUGAUUCUUCGUGUCGUUUACGAGACCUACAAACAGCAACCAUCAAAAAAGACGUCUCAAGGAUUCUCUGUUCUGCAACUCUUUGCAACCAAAACAACUAAAAACGCGCCUGCUGCCGACUUUGCCGAAGCAGACACAGUUGUUGAGUACAUGGAGCGGCUUCUAAGCUGGAUUGAGUCGAUUCAAUCUUGA